UAGACAAAUGUUGUUUACUUUAUUGUAAGAGCAAUACAAAUAAAUCCCCCAGAAGUAGUUUAUGACUUCAUUCUAUCAAACUUAUCGGGAGAGAAUACACUGUCGAUUCUUCUCGGAAAUAAAAUAUAUUUUCAGUUCGUUAAAUUAUUCCAUCGAAUUUCUAACUUUUGGUCGUGAUAUGUCAUAAAAUCAUAAAUAGAAAAUGGAUAGGGGGCCUAGGCAAGAAAGAGAGCAGCAUCCGAAGGAUCAUGCGAACUUCUUGUCGAUUCUAUUUUUUUCAUACAUGGUGAAAUUUUUACGAAAAGGAAGGAAGCAACAUAUGGAUGAGAAUGAUUUAACGAACGUAAUGGAAAAUAUGAAAACCAAACAUCUGGCCGAAAAAUUGGAAAAUUGUUGGAUAGAACUCCAAAAGACCAAUAAAAAACCAUCACUUCUGAGAGCGAUCACGAGGUGUUUCGGAUACUCCAUGAUUUGGCUAUUCUCUAGUAAUCUUAUCGUAUCAGUAGUGCAAACGUGGACACAUCCAUGGGCGCUAGGUAAAUUUGUGGCAUACUUUGAAAAAGGACAAACCAGCAUUACAACGUCUCAAGCCAUAUUCUAUGCCAGCAUCAUGUUAUUAUGUUCAGGAUUGGGUAGCCUAUGGAGGGAACAUUACCAUCUGUUGAAAACCGAGCUCGGUAUAAGAAUAGAGUCCUCCAUUUCAUCACUCAUAUAUAGGAAGAUUUUGCGAUUAGACCAAACCAAGAACAAGAAAAUAUCUACCGGGAGUGUCAUAACUGGACUUACAAAAGAUAUUUCAAACAUCAAAGAAGUGAUAAUGGUUGGAAUAGAAAACAUAUCGGAUGUAAUACAGUUGAUAUUCACUAUCUAUCUGCUGUACCAAAAGCUUGGGGUUUCCUCCCUAAGUGGAGUUCUCAUAGUCGUGGUCACCACAGUCAUUCAAGUUUUUUUGGCUAGAAUGACUUAUGCUAGUCGAGGUGUAUGUAAUAAAAAGAGCGAUGAAAGAUUGGCGCAAAUCCAAGAGGUACUGAGCUCAAUAAGAUUGGUGAAAAUGUAUGGCUGGGAGGAGUUUUUCGAGAAGAGGCUUAUGAUGUUCAGGAGGAUCGAGUUGAAAAGUCUUUUCAACCUAUACACCCUGAAAAGCUUAGCUCGAGUUAUUGGUUCAGUAACAGGAAAGCUUUCACAUGCAUCCACCCUACUUCUGUGCUUAUGGUUAGGAAGAGAUUUGAACGCUGAUGUGAUCUAUUACGCGAGCUCUUGUUUCCAUCGGGCUUCCAAAGCCUUGGUUUUCUUACCCAUGGGCUUACAAGUAACAUCUGAGUUUUUGAUGGCAUCUAAAAGAGUUAACAUCAUUUUGUACGCCGAGGAAAACCAAACAACGUUCUCUGAAAAAUCAUCAACGAUGAAACCCUCCAUUGUCUUCAAAGAAACAGAUGUGGAAGUUGACAACAUCAAGAUUCUGAAGAACCUUAAUUUAGAACUAGGGGUUGGGCUGAAUGUUCUUAUUGGUCCUUCUGGCUCUGGGAAGACUUCAUUGCUAAAAGCUAUUCUAGACGAAUAUUCUUGCAUAAAUGGUAAAAAAAAUGUCCGAGGUACCAUUUCAUACAUGGCACAAAAAUCAUGGUUGUUUCCCUCUUCGCUAAAACAAAACAUCCUCUUCGGUCAAGCCAUGGACGAAAAGAAAUAUGGAACUGUUUUGGAUAUAUGCGGUUUGACAUAUGACAUAAGUACUUUUUUAUUGGGGGAUGAAGUGAUCCUUACAGAUUGUGGUACGAAUCUGAGCGGUGGACAACAAACUAGAAUAAAUUUAGCACGUGCUUUAUACAAAGAAUCUGACAUUUAUUUGCUGGAUGAUUGCUUGGCCUCCCUCGAUGUGAACAUCAAGAACCAUGUGUUCAAAAAUGCUAUCAAGGGUUAUUUGAGCAACAAGUUAUGCCUUCUAGUUACCCACAGCACACAAUUCUUGGACCAAGCGGACAAUAUCAUCAUUAUGGAUGGGGGCAUCAUCAAAUAUGCUGGGAAACCUUUGAAUCUACCGAAAGAACUACCAAUGAUUGAACAGAAUAUAGAAGAGGAGGAAGAUUUCGAAGUAAUCGAUCAAGAGACAGAAGAUAAUGACGAGGCUGAGAUAGAAGAAGAUGCAUCCCUUCUUCUAAAAAAAGAACCAGAGAAACAAGAAAAUAUAUAUAAAGAAAAGAAUAACACUGGAAAAGUUGGAUUCUACAUUUACAAGAGUUACUUCAAGUAUGGCGGUGGUCUUCAUGUGGUUUUCAUAAUUGGCGGUAUUUACUUCUUUUCAGAGUUGUUUCAUGCAUCUGGCGAGAAACUACUCAGCAACUGGUUGAACGCUAAACAUGCUACUAAUACGACUACUUGGAAUUUUGCGGAGCCCAAUGCAACUUCAACGAUUGCUACGAGUACCAUUCAAGCUAUUUUCUCGAAAAUGCCUUCAGAAAUAUAUUCAACAACGUCGUCGCCCCAGUCUUUCACCACGACAUUUUUCAGAAAUUCCUCGGAGGUUUUGGGUGAAAACAUUACCAACUCCCUACUGAAGGAGGAGAAUGUCAAGCUGUACUAUUCAAUAAGCAUCACCUUCGCUGGUUCUCUGAUCUCUUUCUUAGGUAUCAUCGUAUGCGUAUAUUUUGGUUUGAAAAUAGCGAGAAACAUCCAUCAAGACAUGAUAUAUAAUUUGUUGAAUGGUUGCAUGAGAUUCUUCGAUACCCAUCUGAUCGGUACUAUCCUCACAAGAUUCUCUAGGGAUUUGUUUAUAUUGGAUGAGAGACUUCCCAUAUUUUGGAAUGGACUGAGAACUUUCUUUUCUCUAGCCAUGUGCCUCUCUCUGAUUGCCUCCAUAGGACCUCUGUUCCUAGGGAUUUCGUUAGUUUUGGUUGUGAUACUCUACAAGAUAACAGACUACGUUCUCAGCACGUUGAGGAACUUGCAAAGGCUCAACAGUUCCACCAUGAGUCCUGUAAUUGGGCAUGUCAAUGCAACCCUGGAAGGUUUGAGCAUUAUAAGAACGCAUGGAGUACAGGAAAUACUCAAAGAUGAAUACGAUAAACAUUUAGAUUUGAACAUGACCUCUCUUCAUCUGAAAGAGAUCUCCAGCAGGUUCAUGAACUUCUACUGUCACACAGUUGGAUUAUUUUAUUCAUCUCUGGUCGUUGCCACUCUCAUUCUUUCCAAGGGAAUAUUAGCUGGAGAUGCUGGUUUACUCCUCAACCAAACACACACCCUUACACAUUAUUUGGAAAUACUUCUGUUGCUCUGGACGUUGAUGGAAAACAGCAUGACCAACGUAGAACGUAUCUUAGAAUACCAGAAGGUUCCUAAGGAAAUACGAAAGAAAGGAAGGGUAAUAGAGAACUGGCCAAGUCGUGGAGAAAUUAAAUUCCAAAACCUCAGCCUGUCCUACCGCUCCGACAAUGAAACUGUAUUGAAAAAUCUCGAUUUCGUCAUAGAGCCUGAGCAUAAAAUUGGAAUUGUUGGCAGAACUGGGGCUGGAAAGUCCUCCAUAACCAUGACUUUGUUCAGACUCUACGAAUAUACUGGUAGUUUGAUGAUUGAUGGAGUCGAUAUUAAAACGCUCUCCCUAGAGUUCCUCAGGUCCCAUCUAGCCAUAAUUCCCCAAGAUCCUGUGAUAUAUACAGGUACUUUAAGGACCAACAUUGAUCCCUACGAAGCCUUGAGUGACGAAGAGAUAUGGAAGGUCUUGGAAAUUGUGAAUCUUAAAGAUAAUUUCAAAAGCCUACAGGAGAACUUGAAAGAAUCAAAUCUAAGUAUAGGGCAGAAGCAGCUGAUAUCUAUAGCGCGAGCCUUAACGAAGAAGACAAAAAUUGUCAUCUUGGACGAAGCAACUGCUAAUAUGGACGAUGCUAUGGACGCUCUAAUACACGAAAAGAUCAACGAAUUGUUCAAGUCAUGCACGGUGAUAACAAUCGCUCACAAGUUGAACAAUGUUUUGAACUGUGAUAAAGUUGUUGUCAUGGAUAAAGGGGAGGUUGUUGAAUUUGGCAGUCCUCAGGAUCUGCUGAACAAUACUGGAGGAAUUUUCUACAAAAUGGUUAAUCAGAAGCAUAGCAAAUGAUAUGUAAACUAUAACCACGAGAUCUUUGGACUGAACAAUUUGAACUGAAUGACCAGAUGUACAUAAUACGAGUUGUAGGGAAUAAAAAACUGUUUUUAGUA